GGAAUCAUACAUUACUUCAGAGUGAGAGGAACGAUUAAUAGAUGGCGCAGGUUGACCAUCCCAUAUAGUCGGCCUCCUUUUCUACACAUCAAGUUGCUGUUUAGUAUCUUUCUCUCCCUGUCUACUCUCUCUUCUUUUCCCGACCACGCUAGAGAAAGGUUCUCUCUAGACCACGCUCUGGUUUCACUUUUCCGUUCUUUUGUGCUUCACGUUUAUCUGGUUAUGGGCCCAGUCUUACGCCUUACGACGAACAAAAAAUGGCGAAUUCCAGUUUCAGAGAAGUAAGCCACAUAGCCAAAUUUAAUGGAAACAAUUUCUCACUUUGGAAAUUCGGAUGUUGGCUAUUGCUUGAACAACACAAUCUUGUAGGGAUUGUAAAUGGAGAUGAACUCUAUCCUGCUGAAAACAUUAAUCCUGAAGGAGAGAUUGUUAACGAACAACAAAUGGAGGAUUGGAUCAGGCGCGACAUUCUGGCCCGAAAUUAUCUUGUUGCAACAAUUGAAACGCAGCAACAACGAUCGCUAGUAAACUGCACUAACGCACGCGAAAUGUGGAUCCGCCUGUCAGCUCAGCAUCUCCAAAAUGCCGGCGAGAACCAGCACAUCCUGCAACAGCGAUUUUUCGAGUACCAGUUACAACCUGAUCAUGACAUUAUGUCCCACAUAACUGAAAUCGAGACGAUGGCCAUUCAACUUCACGAUGUUGGUGCACCUGUCACUCCUCUCCAGAUCAUGACGAAAAUCAUUUGUACUUUACCUCCGAGUUAUCGCAGCUUCACCACAGCCUGGGACAGUGUACCAGCUAACCAGAAGACAAUUGCUUUGCUCACAUCUCGGUUACUGAAAGAAGAGACCAUGGCAACACGCUUCAACGGAGGGCAGCAAGAUUCGAUUGAUGCCGCCUUUUUUGCUACACAACGUUCUCCAGCUUCCCCGGAAUUCCGCCCAUCCACACGUGGACGAGGAGGUCGUGAAGUCAAACAAGGCGAAUCAUCAAAACAUCAUCCAUAUCCAAAAUGCGAAUAUUGCGACAAACCUAAUCACAAAGAAGAAGUGUGUCGUAUGCGACUUCGAGAUGAAGCAGCAGCAAAGCGAUUUUCAGACAGACUUGCUGCAUCAACACUUUCCCAAUAAUAUCUUCUUUCUAUCCAGGAAUCCAAGCAGAAAGAACGACAAUGAUUGCCCUUUUUCUUUUUCUUUUUUGAUUUAGUUGCCUCAAACCGUUUUUUUCAUCUUGUUUCAGAGGGAGAAUGAUCGAUGUUGCGGGGCCACUGCAACAAAUUAUCACGAACAAUCAUCCAUUAUUUAUUUUCUUUUAUCCUCCUAAUGUAUGAGAGGGGGUGUUGGAGCAUACAUUUUCUCUCUCUCUUUUUUCCUAAUGUAUGAGAGGGAGUGUUGGAAUCAUACAUUACUUCAGAGUGAGAGGAACGAUUAAUAGAUGGCGCAGGUUGACCAUCCCAUAUAGUCGGCCUCCUUUUCUACACAUCAAGUUGCUGUUUAGUAUCUUUCUCUCCCUGUCUACUCUCUCUUCUUUUCCCGACCACGCUAGAGAAAGGUUCUCUCUAGACCACGCUCUGGUUUCACUUUUCCGUUCUUUUGUGCUUCACGUUUAUCUGGUAACUAUAUAUGUGAAUCAAACUCUAAAUUCUGUACUUGUGAGAAGAUGUAAUUGCUUGAAGUGCAGAACGUUAUCGUUGAGUGCACAAGAAGCUUAUCAUUAUGUUGUUUAAUUAUGUCGUCACUUGUGAGAAGAUGUAAUUGCUUGAAGUGCAGAACGUUAUCGUUGAGUGCACAUGAAGCUUAUCAUUUGUGUUCUUAUGUUAUCAAUCAUCUAUGUGUGCCGAACCUUAUCGUUUCCCGUAUCAUACAUGUUUUUUCCAUCCACACAUUCAUGUUGUCUUAUCCUGUUAACUCAGAAGCUCCACACAAAGUGGAAUGAAUUAUCCUGUUCUCAAGAAGAAAUACAGAAGCCUCUAGAUAACUGA